UUCUCCUUCUCUCUCCCCCCUCUCCUCUCUCUUGCUCUCCUCCUCCUCCCCCUCGCCUCCCCUCUUCCUCCCCCCAAGAAUCCCCUCGCCGGUUCCAAUUCUCGCAGAUCCGCCGAUUUCCCGGCCGAUUAGGAGUCAUUUUGCGUUCGUCGAUUCAAUAGAACCCUGGUUUCGUGUUCUUCGUCGCUAAACCCUCACAUUUCGACGGCCGCGUCGGUCUCGGUUCUCUGCUCGCAGCAUUGUGAUAUCAAUAUUAUGAUGUGGGUUAGCAUAGAAUGGAGUGAUUUCUGAUGCUAAUACAUAUGCUACCUCCACCUGUUCUCGGAUAAACUAGUCAGCGCGAGCUUACGCUUCUCCUUUCUUCUCUAAUCUGAAAUGGGGGAAGCAUCCAGGAACAUUCUGUAGAAUCAGGUGGCAAGAACUUGAUGCGAAUCAUGGAGGCCGAGCUGUGUUCAGCCCGGACCCUAUCUCCGUCGCGGGAGGAAAGUGGUGAUGAAGAGCUCUCGGUGCUUCCCAGGCACACCAAGGUCAUCGUAACUGGUAACAACAGAACAAAGUCUGUUCUAGUUGGGCUUCAAGGUGUUGUCAAGAAAGCUGUUGGUCUUGGUGGCUGGCACUGGCUGGUCCUAAAGAAUGGGGUGGAGGUGAAACUUCAAAGAAACGCAUUGAGCGUCUUAGAAGCUCCUACAGGAAAUGAAGACGAGGACGAUGAGAUUGACUAUGACAACUCGUUCUGCAGUAGUUCAGAUGUGGGAGACAAAGACAUCGAUUACUCUUGCUUAGAGUUUCAUAAGCCGACAAAGCCAAGGGUUAGGCACACCAGGCCAUGGACAUGUUCAGCAAAGUCAAAUGGCCGAAGCAGCAACUAUCGAGACACUACUCAUUCUAAUGGUCACAACUCUCAAACGAGGGUAAACUUGGCAAAGCUUGGAACACCAACCUUACUGAGAUAUUGGAGGCGCUUCAAUCUUGUGGGCAUCAACCCCAAACCUACAAAGGAGCAGCUGCUCCACGUUGUGCAGAAUCACUUCCUCUCGCAGCAAGUGGAUGAGAUGCAGGUCAUCGUCGGCUUCAUCCACGCCGCGAAGAGGUUGAAAACCCGCCAUAGGAAAAAGAAGGAACAACAAGGUGGUGGGUUGAAGCAGGAUUGAUGUGAGUAUUCACGAUAUGUAGAACUGGUGGUGGAGUCAGAGAUCAUGGUGCGAACGCCCAACCAGCUCAAGUGAUGUGUCUGCUCACCUACUAAUUGUAGUGUAAUGAUGCUAACCGUGGUGUGUGAUGAUUUUGUAGUCUUGUACUUAGGGACCUAUGUAUUAGUCUACUGGUGCCAAUCUUCA